CUGAAAACUUUAGUUUAGUGGAAAGCGACACGAUUGAAACACAAGUAUCUCAGGAAAACCAUGGCAAAUGCUGCAGGCGUCUGUGAACUUAUAUUUUUUGUGAAUGGAAGGAAGAUUAUCGAAAAGAAUGCAGAUCCAGAGGUCACGCUGCUGCCCUACCUGAGGAAAAAUCUUCUACUCACAGGAACCAAAUAUGGAUGUGGAGGAGGUGGAUGUGGUGCCUGCACGGUGAUGGUUUCAACUAUCCAUCCAGUCUCUCGCAAGAUAUUACAUUACUCUGCAAACGCGUGCCUGUUGCCUAUCUGUUCUCUACAUGGAACAGCUAUCACCACUGUCGAGGGAAUUGGAAGCAGCACCAGCAGACUGCACCCAGUACAGGAAAGAAUAGCAAAAGCUCAUGGCUCUCAGUGUGGGUUCUGCACCCCUGGAAUGGUGAUGUCCAUGUAUGCAUUAGUGAGGAACCAUCCUGAGCCCACAAUGGAUCAAAUCUACGAGGCACUAGGAGGGAAUCUGUGUCGGUGCACUGGAUACAGACCGAUCAUUGAUGGCUGCAAAACCUUUUGUAAUAGAGCAGAUUGCUGCCAGUUGAAGGAAAACGGAACAAGAGAUGUGAAUGGCGUGUCAAACCACACCAAUGGCGUCAACGGUCUGCAACAGGCUUCAACCGUAAACCCUAAUCAGAAUGGGUUGUUUCAAGAAGAAAGCUUUCUACCACUUGAUCCAACGCAAGAACUGAUCUUUCCUCCAGAACUCAUACUAAUGGACAAUGAAAAUAAAAUUAAGCUGACCUUUCAAGGGAAAUGUAUGACCUGGAUAACCCCAGCCAGCCUUCAAGAGCUGCUUCAGCUGAAGGCUCUCUACCCAAAGGCCCCUCUGGUGGUUGGCAAUACCAUUGUUGGUCCUGAAAUGAAAUUCCGAGGAAUGUUUCAUCCAGUGAUUAUAUACCCCACGAGAAUUGGAGAUCUCCAUUUUGUCAAUGAGAAUAGCCAAGGAAUAACCAUAGGGGCUGCCUGCAGUUUAACCGUGAUGAAGAAUACUCUCCAGGAUGCUGUCACUCGUCUACCAGAGGAAAAGACCAAAGUCUUCCGUGCCCUCUUGAAACAGCUUGGAACUCUGGCUGGUCCACAAAUUAGAAACACUGCUUCUCUAGGAGGAAACAUUAUUAGCCGAUCGACAACCUCUGAUCUGAAUCCUGUUUUGGCUGCUGGUGGUUGCGUUCUUAAUUUGGUGUCAACAGAUGGAUCUCGGCAGAUUCCGUUGAAUGAGUCCUUUUUCCGUGGAUCUGAAAAUUGUUUUCUGAAAGCUGAGGAGGUCCUUUUAUCUGUACAGAUACCUUAUUCUAGAAAGGACGAUUAUAUAUCAGCUUUACGGCAGGCCCCACGCCACGUAAACGCUUUGCCCACUGUGACUGCUGGAAUGUAUGUACAGUUUGAGGAAAACACAGACGUUAUUAAAGAUAUCAGGAUUUUCUAUGGAGGAGUCGGUCCCACUACUGUCUGUGCCAAGGACACCAGCAAGGCACUUGUUACAAAGCAGUGGAAUGAGGUGAUGCUGAGUAAAGCCUGCACUCUGGUCCUAGAUGAGCUUUCUCUCUCUCCCUCUGCUCCUGGUGGGAUGGUGGAAUUCAAGAGAACUCUGACUGUCAGCUUCCUCUUCAAGUUCUACCUAGAGGUGCUGCAGUCGCUGAAUAAAAUGGAUCACAGCAGUCCAGACAGCAGUGCUUUGAAUUCUUUUCAAACACAGCUUCCUGUGUAUAGUCAAACCUACCAGGAUGUACCUGCAGAUCAAGCUGAAUAUGAUCCUGUUGGACGACCCAUCACUCAUCAGUCUGGGAUCAAACAUGCCACUGGAGAGGCUGUGUACUGUGACGACAUGCCUGCUGUCGAUGGAGAACUCUUUCUGGCGUUUGUCACCAGCUCAAGAGCUCACGCAAAAAUUGUAUCAAUCGAUUUCUCAGAAGCUUUGGCCCAGCCCGGAGUGGCAGAUAUCAUAACAGCGGCAGAUGUUCCAGGCACCAAUGAGUGCAUACUUCAUGAGGGAGUGGUGUCAUUGUUGGCGCGUGAACAGGUGCUGUGCGUGGGUCAGCUUAUCUGCGCUGUGUUGGCUGACUCACCUUCUCAAGCGAAGAAGGCCGCUGCCAAAGUGAAAGUCACAUAUGAGAAUCUGGAACCGAUUAUUCUGACCAUUGAGGAUGCCAUUCGUAAUAAUUCCUUCUUUGAGCCACAAAGACAAAUGGUGCAUGGAGAUAUUGAUGAAGCAUUCAAAUCUGCAGACCAGGUGCAUGAAGGGGAAAUUUUCAUGGGGGGACAAGAGCAUUUCUACAUGGAGACACAAAGUAUGAGAGUUGUACCCAAAGGGGAAGACCGAGAGAUGGAUGUGUAUGUCUCUUCUCAGGAUCCAACCGGAGUUCAGGAGAUGAUUUGUACUGCGCUGAAUGUGCCAUCAAAUAGAAUUUCAUGUCAUGUGAAGAGGGUUGGAGGAGCUUUUGGAGGAAAAACCUCAAAAACUGGCUUUCUUGCUGCUAUUACCGCAGUGGCAGCACACAAGACAAAGAGGGCUGUUCGGUGUGUUCUAGAGCGCGGAGAUGACAUGCUUAUAACAGGAGGUCGGCAUCCCUACCUUGGGAAAUAUAAGGUGGGAUUCAUGAAUAAUGGCCAAGUAACUGCUGUGGAUGUAUCUUACUACACUAACGCUGGCUGUACCUCUGAUGACUCAAUCCUGGUGGUGGAAGUAUCUUUGCAGAAGAUGGACAGUGCUUACAGGCUGCCCAAUCUCAGAUGCAAGGGUACUGCCUGCAAAACGAACCUACCCUCAAACACGGCCUUCCGAGGAUUUGGGUAUCCACAAGUUGGACUUGUGACGGAAACCUUCAUGAGUGAAGUGGCAGUAAAGUGUGGCCUCCCUCCUGAGAAGGUCAGAGAGAUAAAUUUGCACAGAGGUAUCACUAAAACCCAUUUUAAUCAGGAUGUCGAUGCCAGAACUUUGAUAAUGUGUUGGAAUGAAUGUCUGGAGAAGUCGUCCUACCAGAGCAGAAGACUGGCCAUUGAGGAAUUCAAUAAAAACAACUACUGGAAGAAAAAGGGAAUGGCAAUCAUCCCCAUGAAGUUUCCCAUAGAAACGGCGGCAAAGUUUUUUGGCCAGGCAUCUGCUCUGGUCCAUAUCUACAAAGAUGGAACUGUUUUGGUGACACAUGGUGGAGUAGAAAUGGGACAAGGUGUUCAUACCAAGAUUAUGCAGAUUGCCAGCCGUGAACUACAGAUCCCACUUUCAUAUAUCCACUUUUGUGAGACGAGCACUUCAACAGUCCCCAACACCAUUGUGUCUGGGGGCUCCUUAGGAACUGACGUCAAUGGGAUGGCAGUGAAGAGUGCUUGUCAAACUCUGAUGGAACGACUUGAACCAAUUAAAAAGAAAAAUCCUAAAGGCACAUGGAAUAAUUGGGUAAAACAAGCUUUUCUGCAGUCAAUUAGUCUUUCUGCUACAGGAUUCUUCAGAGGAUUUGGAAGAGAACUGAAUUGGGAAACAGGAGAAGGAAACCCAGUCCAAUACUGUGUGUUUGGAGUUGCAUGUUCUGAAGUGGAAAUUGACUGUUUGACUGGAGAUCACAAGAACCUGAGAACAGACAUUGUUGUGGAUGCUGGUAUAAGCCUUAAUCCAGCGGUGGACAUUGGUCAGAUUGAAGGAGCUUUUAUUCAAGGUUUGGGUCUGUACACCAUGGAAGAACUCAAAUACUCUCCCCAAGGCCUAUUGUACACCCGUGGUCCAGGGCAGUAUAAGAUCCCUGCUGUCUGUGACGUUCCUGAACAAUUUAAUGUGUCACUUCUAGCUGAUGCUCCUAACCCACAUGCUAUAUAUUCUUCCAAGGCUAUGGGCGAGCCGGCUUUCUUCCUGGGCUGCUCAGUAUAUUUUGCUAUAAAGGAUGCGGUGGCAGCCGCCCGUAAAGAGAGAGGGAUGUCUGACCUAUUUACUCUGAACAGUCCAGCGACUCCUGAGAAAAUUAGGAUGUUGUGCGGUGACCGUUUUACUGACAUGAUUCCCAAAGAUGUCCCAGGCACCUAUACUCCAUGGGCUGUCAAUGUAUGAAGACAAGCAUAACAAAAUGACUUAACGCACAAUGAUACAUAUUAAGCACUUAAAUGCCACUGCAUAGUCUAUAAAUGCUAAAACUACCUGUAUUUCGCUUAAACUGAGAUUCUAUAUGCCCUAUGCAUAUUGUAUUGUUUGACUUCUAUUAAUCUUGUGAUGAACUGCAGGUUUUGCGGUCAUUUAUACUAGAUGGCUUUGGUUUGCCUCCUAUACAUUUGUUCUAAACAAAACCUUGUGUUAAAACUGUCUUAAGAUGUUAUUGGUGACUAGUACUUAAAUGUGAGAUGGUAUUGCGAGCGUAAAACUGCAGGCUACUUCCUUCCAUAUUGUGGCAUUACUCAAGGGGACAAUUGAGUUUAAUUUGGCCAAUUAAAAACUCUAAACACUAUUUUUUACCAUAAAUGGUGGCCAAAGAUGUCUUAUAGGUUCAACACAGAU